AAGAAAAAAAAGCCCGAUAUCGAUAUAGCCCAGGAGGAUAAGCAGAGCCCCUGCCCCACGACGGUUCCGUUUUGUUCAUAAUCCGCUCCCGACGAGUUGGAAUCUUGGGAGCGAAGGAACGAGGAGUACGAACCAGAGGACAACAAUUUGCAAAUAAUAUCGAGACAUUGACCCAGCCAUGAGUAUAUAAAUCAGCCACAGCGUGUAGAGUUAAACACGAAUACAGUCUCUACCAAGGGAUUCAUCGUUAAGGGAUUGGGCGACCGGUGGCUUGGACUCAAAUGGGUUCGUUGAUCUCCGUUUGAGUUGAUGAAUUCCUUUUGUGGAGCCGAAUUUAAUGCGAAAUUGAUCUCCUCUGAUCAUAUUUGCUUCUUAUUUGAUUUUACUUCUGGAUUUCCUACUCGAAACACUUACCCGGUGAUCCAGUCUUGAUUUUGUCAAAGAUGAUGCUGCAAUUUCCAGACCCAGCUAAGCUUAAGACCAAGAUGUGUGUGUUUGAGGAAAAAUUCAUUGCCCGAGAUUCUGGUACACUUGAACAAAUGAAGGAGAUGACUUCUAGGCGUAGAGUUAUUGAGGAGUCCAUUAAUGAAACUAGCUCCAUCACAGAGGCUAUUGCAAGAGAAAUGUCUGGGGGGUUGUCAUCUCAUUCUCAACAGGUCAUUCACAAACUAGAGCAGUACCUACCCUUGUUGGAAAAUUUUAUUUCCCAUGUUGAUCAGGUCGAUAGUAAAUUCAAGAUUAUUCGAUGGACUUCAGACCUAAAGAUACGAUGGUCGAGUAGUCUGAGUGCAUCUUCAUUCUUUCACCGUGGUCCAAAAUUUUACCAAAUAGAUAACAUGAGGUUUGAGGUAGGGAUGACCCUUUUCCUAUAUGGCGCUGUUCUGAGGCAGAGGGCAUUAGAAGUCAUGUCACAAGAUCUAGUGCAAUCUACAAAAAAUCUUAGGGAAGCUGCUGGGGUUUAUCAAUAUCUAGCUAAGGAGAUUUUUCCAUCCAUCCAACACAGUUUGCCAUCUGAAAGGCCACCAGAAGUUAAUCCAUCUACUUCAAUUGCCAUGAGUCUUGUUUGUCUAGCUGAGGCUCAGGCUGUCACGACGAGGAGGGCCGAAGAAAAGGGAACAACUGCAGGUCUGUUGUCAAAGCUACACUAUGGUAUUGUUGACUUACUCAAUGAAGCAGCUAAUCAUAUACGCAUAAUUGCUGGUGAAUGUAAAGAUAUGUCUUCGAGCUUUCUGGAAUUUGUAUCAGCCUGCAGAGCUCUACAUGAGUUGAAAAGCCAGAAGAACCUUGCAGAAGAUCUGAAGACUAAUGGCCGAGUUGGAGAUGCUAUUGGAGUUCUUAGACGUGGAUUAACUGAUGCGAAAAAGGAAAUACCAAAAGAUAAUUCAUGGAAACUUGUUUUUGGAAGAGAGACCGAUGUCGUGGCUGAAACGCUCAGGAAGUUCGAACACGAGAAUGAAAUUGUAUGGCAUGUGAAAAUUCCUUCGACAUAUGAGUUACCAACACCUAAAGGUAGCCAAAUCGUUCAUUCCAUACCUUAUCGUCCAAGAAAAUGGGAGAGAGAACUUGCAUUUAAGAUAUGAAUUGAAACUCGAGGUAUCUCUUUGCCCCCAACCCCAUUUUAUCAGAGCAUAAGGAAUCUGAUGCUCGUUUCAGUUCCUUCUUUUAAAUUAUCUUCUUAACUGGUUGGUUAUGGUGCUGCUGGUUAGAGUGACAUUUUGGUGACAAUGUGAAGCAUUUGUAUAGGAUGGUCAUGAGAUGUGUAAAGUUUGCUUGAACAUAAGAUUGAUUUUACUAUGUCUCUAGAUGCAUUUUCGUUCAUAAACUCAUGUAAUUUGUGCAGGAGAGAAGAUAAGAUUAACUUAUUGAUCGA